UUAGUCCUUAUGGUUUAGUGUUUAAGUUCCAGUUUGGAACAUGAGAUUAUUUCUUGACACAGACAGACACCCUGUGUCAAGGAGUCAGAGACUAAACUUCACUAACAGAAAAUGAAAGUGUAGGAAGAAUAGAAGUUACCCCAAGAAUUAUGAAAAUGUUUGGACUCUUUGUGUUAUAUCUUUAUGAUUGAUUGUUAAACUCUUUAUGCUUUUGACUUAACUCUUGAUACUAACAUUAGAAAUGUUACAAUACUAUUCUCUCAGUUAUACUACAAAGAAUUUAUGAAGCCCAAAGUUAUUUCUAUUCUGUAUUUUACCCUUGGGUUUAAUCCUACUCAGGCCAACAUUGACUACAUAUUGUUUGGCAUUUGGCUGUAUGAAUGUUUAAUUAAGCAGUAAAAAGUAUAAAACUAUGUACAGUUCUUUAGAUUUACCUUCUUUUGGAAGACUAUCUUUUACCGCAAAUCCAUUCCAAAAAAGUUAUAACUGUGAAUAAUUUAUUCCAUUAAAAUAUAUUUAUGCAAAAAAAAAAAAACCUCAGUAUUAUUAUUGCUUUAGCCUUGAUAGUAAUGGAUGCAACAUAAUAUAAUGUUCAAAAUACAGAACUUGACUCAUGGAUGCUCAACCAGAAAAUGCUUGUUUCUUGGCUUUUGGGGAAAAUAAUACGAAGCUCCAUCUAUACUAGGUAUUUGUUUAUAGCCAAUGGUAGCAGAACCAUUUGCUCUUAAUUUGAAUUCAACCUGUUUACAAGAAACUUAAUCCCGGUUGAGAUAAGCUGUCAGUUGAGUUGGAUUCAUGAGUGGGAACAUUAUAUAUCUUGAGAAAUUAAAAAAGAAAGAAAACCCUGCACCUUUCCUAGCAUUUGACUUACUUAAAGAAAGUAUAUUUCUGUUAAAUUUUUGUGAGUGCCACAAUUAUCUUCGACUGCAAACCAAAAUUCAGUUACUUAUUCAUCUAGUAAUUACUGUAGGUGAAUAGCCUGUUUUCACUUUAGAAACGUUAUACACAUGUUAAAUAUGAGUCUUACAUCUGAUACCUUUGAUUACUAUGGUAGGCUUAUAAAUAAGAGUCCAUCUUUAGUUUAAGUAUGCCAUAUAAGGAUAUUUUAGAAUUGAAAUUUCAGUGUGCUGCCAAAAGCCGGUAUGCGUUUUUCAUAUUCCAUUCUUGGCAAGGACAUAUAUGGAAGGAAAUGGAGAAUGGCCAAUCAGCAUACAAGACUUGGGUGGCCCUGAGCAAUCAGCAAAGGCAUCACGGCCCUAUAAAUAACUGUGUUUCUCCCCUAAAUUUUUCCAUCCAUCAUCAACAUAUCUCUUUUCUCACUGUUGUUUAUCUAUGGCAGGAAUACCAAGUGCAGGCCGCAGAAGGACUCAGAUCAGGAGGAUUCGAAGUGCAAAUGCUCAACAAGUUGCGUUCUCCAAACGUCAUUCUGGCCUUGUCAAGAAGGCUAGUGAGCUCUGCACCUUAUGUGCUGUUGAGGCCGCUUUUGCUAUCUUCUCUCCUGGUGUCAAAGCCUUCUUCUCAUUUGGCCACCCCUCUGUUGGCCCAGUUGUGAAGCGGAUUGCCAACUUUGGGACACCUGCAUCUGAUUCAAGUCAGAAUGUCCCAAAUGAUGAUGAGGCCACUCUGUGUGAGCUUAACAAACAGUACUCCAAUCCGCUCCAAGAAUUAGAAGCUGAGAAAAAGUGGGCCGAGGAACUCAAGAAGAUGAGGAUGGAGGGCCAGAAAAAGAGAGGGUUGAUGAUUAGAACAGUUGAGGACCUCAGUUUGGAGGAGCUGGUAAAAUGGAAGUCAACGCUGGAUGUGGUUCUUGAGAAACUGAAGAAACGUGUGCAGGGGCUUUCGGUUGAUGUUGCUUCACCAACACCAACCUCUAUUGGAGUAAGCGAUGCAUCUAUUUGUGACCCAGAAGAGGAUUCUUCUGCUGAUUCUUAUGGCCAUGACAUUGGCCAUGAAGAUUGAUCUGGAUCAGUCCUUGGGGGAGGUCUUGUCUAAGGCACCUUCUGCUCAUAGAUGUCUUGAUUUAUCAUUUUAUAUGUGAUCUGGUCAUUCUUCUCCCCUUGUCGACUGUUGAUCCCAAAUCGAGAUGUGGAAAAAAUAAAAAUCAAUCAU